CAAAGAAGGAAGUUCAAGAUUCGAUUCCCGACAAGACACGAUCACCUAGCUCAACGCCAUGCGUUAGCUUAGCUCCUUCAAAAUUCAUGGAUAUUUUAGGCUCAAUUAUCAACAUGGCUGAGUUCUGAAUUUUGUUUUGUGAAAUGGGUUUUGAUCUUGAAUCUUUGUCAGAGGCAACCUCAGGAGCCAUUGGAGCUCUGGUUAGCAGCACCAUUUUGUACCCUCUUGAUACUUGCAAGACCAAGUACCAAGCUGAAGUUCGAGCUCAACAUCAGCAGAAGUACAGGAAUAUUUCUGAUGUUCUCUGGGAAGCGAUUUCUACUGGACAGGUUCUUUCAUUGUAUCAGGGCCUUGGGACAAAGAAUCUGCAGUCUUUCAUUUCACAGUUCAUUUACUUCUACGGCUACAGCUUCUUUAAGAGGCUGUAUUUGAAGAAAAGUGGUAGCAAAAACAUUGGAACAAAAGCAAACUUGAUUGUUGCUGCAGCUGCUGGGGCAUGUACUGUAAUAAUAAUACAGCCCUUGGAUACAGCUUCCUCAAAGAUGCAGACAAGUGAAUUUGGGAAAUCCAAAGGACUUUGGAAAAGUCUUUCAGAGACUACUUGGACUGAGGCAUUUGAUAGUCUUGGCAUAUCUCUUCUCCUGACAGCGAACCCAUCUAUACAGUACACUGCAUUUGAUCAGUUGAAACAGAGGCUUCUCAAUAGGCGGCUGAAGAGAGAAAGUGGCAAAGAAUCAGCCCCGGAAGCUCUUUCUGCGUUCUCUGCUUUCUUGCUUGGUGCAGUCUCAAAAUGUAUCGCUACAUCCUUGACUUACCCAGCUAUCAGGUGUAAGGUCAUGAUUCAGGCUGCAGAUGAAGAUGAAGAUGGGAUUGAACAAGCUCCAUUGAAAAACCAAAAGACAGUUUUAGGUGCAAUCUACGCCAUUUGGAAAAGGGAAGGUCCCCUGGGAUUUUACAAAGGAUUACAAGCCCAGAUCCUGAAGACUGUACUGAGCUCAGCAUUGCUUUUAAUGAUAAAGGAGAAGAUAACAAAAACCACAUGGGUUCUAAUGAUUGCCCUUAGAAAAAUUCUAUUCAUCACCCGCAGUAGACUGAAGAGUGCUUGAUGAAAUGGAGAGGUGUAUCCAUUUUGAACUCUUGUAAAGGAGAUUUUCCUAAUGGAUUUAUUCAUUCCUAGACAGAUAUUUUAAGGAAAUGCAAUAAUAGUUUAUGGUGCCUGGAGGCAGUUUCUAUCAUUCAUGAAGAUGAAGCCUUGUUGUAGCUGCAAGGAUAUUUACUUUGUUCAAUAAAAUUAUCAUGGUUUAGACCA